GUCAUGCAGCCAUGCAUGCCGCCGAGCUCCAUCAGUCAACGCACGCCAUUGAUGCUUCUUCUCCGACCUCUCAAAUCCACUCAUUCCUUCCAACUUCCUCACUCGUUUCUUCAUCCAUGCCCUAAUCCAAACCCCAUUGAUGAGACUUGGGAGACUUUUACUAGUAGUACAAUUAGCUCUGUUUGCAAGCUUGGAAAUUUCAAAACUGGGACCCAAUCAUCAGCAUCUUAUCAAUUCUUCAUUUUUAGCAAGUGAAGAUUAGCUUUGCAAUGGUGGUGUUUGAGGCUUAAAAAAAAAGCUUCCAAAUGGAGAUUCAAGACAUAGAUGAAGAACGAGAUUGUUCGUCUGAUCCUAUUUUAACUGUUGCAGUAGCUGUUAAUGGAAGUAAAAACAGCAAAUAUGCUGUUAAAUGGGCAUUGGAAAAAUUCAUUCCAGAAGGGAGAGUUUCGCUCCUUAUAUUACAUGUUCGUCCAAAGAUCACAAGAGUUCCUUCUCCCAUUGGUUAUCUUCCAAUUUCGGAAGUGAGGGAGGAUGUUGCCUUAGCACAUCAGAAAGAUGUGGAGUGUAAAGCAAACAAAAUGCUUGUUCCUUACAAGAAAUUAUGUGCUCAGAGACAGGUAGAAGCAGAAACUUUAGUGAUCAAAUCAGAUAAUGUGGCAGAGGCGAUUUCAGAAGAGAUCAACAAAUUUAAAAUCAGCAAGCUUGUUAUAGGUGCUUCUCAACAAAAUAUCUUUAUGCGGAAAUAUAAAGAGAACCAAAUGUCAUCUAGAAUAUCCAAACAAGCACCUAGGUUUUGCAAUGUGUAUGUUGUUUCAAAAGGAAAGUUAUCAUCGGUCCGUCCACCAGCAUCAGGAACAGAUGACAGCCCUCGAGCUGAAAGCAAUUCAAGUUUCCGUUCGCUCGGCCAUUCUAGUGACUCUUUUAGUGUAAAGUCAGAAUCUUCAGAGACAGAUACAACGACAAGUGCCUCUUGUCACCUUGCUCCUCUUCCAACUCAACGUAGGCAGGCUCUUGCAGCUAUAAACUACAAAGCUCUUAAUAUGGGGCCUAUAUCUGGUGGCACCCUCACUUCAAGAAGUCUAUCUUGUUCUACUGAUGAAGAUUUUAGGAGCUUUGGAUCCAGCAUGACAGAAGAUCAAUUUACAGCUAGCUCAAUUUUUCAAUCUCAAAGCUUUCAAAUGGAUAAACAUUCACAGAAUUUUGAUCAGGCCUCGACAUCCAAGAGUGUAACUUCAGAAAACCAGUUCGAUGCCAGUUCUGAGCUUGAAAAGCUCAGAAUAGUACUCAAGCGUGUUCAAGGAAUGUGUCAGAUUACCCAGAGUGAAUCCAAUGAAGUUUCCCAGCAAAUAACUGAAUUAACCAGACUCCGUGAAGACAAAUUACUUGAAUUAAAACAACUCGAGUUGAAUGAAGAGAUACUGAUAGAAUCGGCCAGACAAGAAAUGGAAAGACAUGCAGCCACAGAAGCAGAGGCUGAGGUCGUGAGGCAAUGCGCAGAUGAGGAGGCCUCACAGAAGAGGAAUGUUGAGUUCAAUACUUCUCAAGAAACUGAUGAGAAAUAUAGCAAUGAGCGAUACAGAAAGUUUACAUGGGAGGAAAUAGAAACCGCUACCUCAUUAUUCUCUGAAGCUCUCCAAAUUGGCGCGGGAGCAAAUGGUAAAGUUUACAAGGGUAGCUUCCAUCAUACUGUUGCAGCAGUUAAAAUCCUGCACUCUAAUGAAAGUUAUGGAACCAAGCAAUUCAGACAAGAGCUUGAAAUUCUCAGUAGAAUUCAGCAUCCACAUCUACUGAUGUUACUUGGUGCAUGUCCCGAUCGAGGCUGCUUAGUUUAUGAGUUAAUGAAAAAUGGUAGCCUGGAAGAUAGACUAAAUUGCAAAGACAACACACCACCGCUUCCUUGGUACGACCGGUAUCGAAUUGCUUGGGAGGUUGCUUUGGCUCUUUCUUUCCUGCAUAAUUCAAAGCCAGAGCCGAUCAUUCACCGAGACCUCAAACCAGCGAACAUUCUGCUCGAUGAGAACUUUGUCAGCAAAAUCGGUGAUGUUGGCGUGUCAUCAUUAAUCCCAACUGUUAAUGUUAAUUCAUUGCUAUCUACAAUAUACAAGGAUACUGCACCGGUUGGUACAUUAUGCUACAUUGAUCCGGAGUAUCAGAGAUCGGGAUUAGUAUCCCCGAAAUCCGAUGUAUAUGCGCUUGGGAUUGUAAUCUUGCAAUUGCUGACAGCGAGACCACCGAUGGGACUAACACACAUUGUUGAGACAGCAAUUGAAGAAGGUACAUUAAUGGAUAUUUUAGACACCGGAGCAGGAAAAUGGCCGCUGGAGGAGACUCAAAAACUUGCAGCUGUCGGUCUAAAUUGCGCAGAAAUGAGACGUAAAGAUCGGCCUGACUUGGAAAAUCAAGUGCUUCCUUUUCUUGAAAGAUUGAAAAGAAUUGCAGACAAUGCUUGUGAUUUAGCUCAGCUCGCACCAUCUAUUCCUCCGAAUCACUUCAUUUGUCCACUGCUGAAGGAUGUGAUGGAUGAUCCUUGUGUUGCUUCCGACGGGUUCACAUAUGAGCGAAAAGAGAUCGAGCGUUGGUUCGGCAUGAGUGAUAAUUCCCCUAUGACAAAGUUAAAGCUUCCUGAUAAAAAUCUUGUGCCCAGUUUGUCACUACUUUCUGCAAUCAAGGAAUGGAAGAAAUCAAGAUCUCAAUGACAUCCAUUAUUUCUGCAUUGCCAGUCAUUAUUGUAAGUAUGUUCAUUAGUUGCAACUGUGUUUUUGUUGCAUGUUUCAAGUCUUCAAGAUCAUGUGCAAUAAUAGAUUUGUAUAUCUUUUAUGUAGACAUUUAGUUUAUUAUUAUAAAAUCACAAUCACAUUGA